AUGAAUGGCAUGUUCAGCUCUGCUGAGAACUUCAACCAACCGAUCGGGUCCUGGAACACCUCGGCGGUGACAGAGAUGCAGUCCAUGUUCAUGUCUGCCGAAAAGUUCAACCAGCCGAUCGGCUCCUGGAACGCCUCUGCAGUGGAUGAUAUGCGGUACAUGUUCUACUGGGCCUGGGACUUUGACACUCCAGUCGGGUUAUGGGACAUUUCUUCCUUGAUAAGCCGUGACAACAUGUUCAAUGCACAUUUGACGCCGCCGUGCGAAGCAGGACGCGGCCCAGGCAGAAACAAUCUGAUGUGCGAACGUUGCGGAGUGGGGCAAUAUGCGCCAGCUCAAAGCUUCUGCCAGGAAUGCCCUGAAGGUUCAACUCCUUCCGCAGACCGAACCACGUGUGAAGAUUGUCUGAUGAUGCACUACUCUGUAAAUGGCGUGGACGAGUGCUUGCCCUGCAAUUUGCCGUUGGCUGUGGUGGACAACCGCUGCGUUUGGUGGCACUUGCCGCUCUUGGCGCUUGGCUUAGGAGCCUUGGGAGUUUGUGGUGGCUUGGUCUUGUCCUGGAAGCGUUCACGGAAAGCUAAGAAGAUCGAACGAAUCCUGGAGGAAGUCUACAUGGAACUCUGGGAUGAACAACCAAACACGCUCGACGCAUACUCGAAGAAGCUGUAUGGUCUGGGUCUUCAGAAAGCCAAUUUCGAUCAACAUAUUUCAGGUAUGCGUGCCUUACAGAGUCAAAGAGCCGGGGUGAGCAUCGGAUAUUUGCUUUCUGCUGACUUUGCUCAACUUGCCAUACAGCGCACUGGCAAGGAUGAUCCGACCUUCACCGACAUGAAAACCAGUUUUUGGCUCUCAGAGGAUCCCAUCGGAGAAGACAUCAUGUGCCCUCGGGACGGUAGACCUGGGUGUGCGUUGGUCGAUUGGAUACCACGGCGCGAGCGCCGAGAACAAACUCAUUUUCUGAGUUGGACUUGGAAGUACAGCCUCCAACAGGUCCGCAGCGCUUUGGAGACGUUUCAGGAAAAUUUGGUUGGUCCGUGUUACUUCUUCAUGUGUUUCUUUGCCAACAACCAGUACAGAAUCCUGAUUGAAGAGAGCAACAGUGGCACUGACAAUCUGGAAGAGGUGUUCGAAACAAAUCUCAAGAGGAUUGGCAAAAUGGUUGCGAUGCUGGACACUUGGGAUCAACCUACGUAUCUCACGCGUGUAUGGACCGUCUACGAACAAUUUGUGGCUUCCACGAUUCAGAUUGAGGCCAUGGAUUGA